AACGAACCUCGGCGCAUAAGCGACGAGCAAACACAGCAAUGCUGGUGGUGGAAACACAGGAUAACUGAAGGCAGGAAUUAAUGCGAGGGGAAUUCUACAUUGCAGGGAUGAACACCUUCCAUCUUUGUAGCGCAUUCCAGUCCCUGCUCCUCCCCCAGUCCCCCUUGGCCCUGCUAUAAAUCCCCCCUUCCCCUCGCACUCACUACAUUGGACUUCACCCGGAAAUCGCCUCGCUUUCUUCGCUUUUCCCUCUGCCUCUAUUGCUCUUGCUUCCCGGAGGUUCUUAGACGGAAUACAUUGUUUUAGUAGGGAAGAGAUGGACGUGAAAACCUUCCCAGCAGGGCUGCGCGUGCUCGUCGUCGACGACGAUCGCGUCUGCCUCAAGGUCCUAGAGAGGCAGUUGAAGUGUUGCAACUACAACGUGAUGGUGGUGACGGACGCCAGGACGGCGCUGGAAAUGCUCAGGGAGAGGAAGGAUGACGGGGACCAGUUUGACCUGGUGAUCAGCGACGUUGUCAUGCCCAACAUGGACGGCUUUGAGCUCCUCGAGCUCAUCGGCGUGGAGAUGGAUCUCCCAGUCAUUAUGCUAUCCGCAAACAGCGAGACACGGACUAUAAUGAAAGGGAUAAAGCACGGGGCCUGUGAUUAUAUCGUAAAGCCAGUGCGCCUCGAACAGCUUAGGGGCAUAUGGACACAUGUGGUGAAGAACAGUAGGACUGAUCCACGGACCAGCAUCAUCGACAGUGGCAGUGAUGAUGAUGUACAGAAGCUGCCAUCUGGGGAUGGUGGUGAAGGUGACAAGGUUGGAGCAAACCGCAGAAAGAAGAAGUGUUCAAAGAAGAACAAACCGGCUGUGGAUGUUGCUGGUGGGCACAGCGAGAACACAUCAGCCCAGAAGAAGCCAAGGGUCCAGUGGUGUGGUCAACUACACCGCAAGUUCGUAGAAGCUGUCCAUCAGAUUGGCAUCGACAAGGCUGUUCCCAAGAAGAUACUAGAAGCCAUGAAUGUGGAAGGCAUUACCAGAGAGAAUGUCGCCAGCCAUUUGCAGAAGUACCGAAUCUACCUCAGAAAGCUCAUCGAGGGCACAUUGGGGAACUCUAAUUCAUUUGCUGACGAAACCGAAGCAUUGUGGAGAUACUUGAAUGUCCCAUCCUUCAUUACCUCUCCGAGCUCAAGCAACCAUUUUACAAAUGCCGGUUCCUCAUCUGCAAUUAGAACCCAAACUUUGCUACCCCCACAGCCACCAGUUCAUGUCAUGAGCUCCCAGAAAAACUUGAGCACUCCUCGGUCAGACAUGCCACCAUUGACCUCGAACAUGUGGUUUUCUUCGUCUCGUUCUUGCAGCUCCUAUGCGAGCAUACUGCGUGGCAAGAUUCUGGGAUCGAGCAGAGGUAUUCCUUUCGAAGACACGCCAGAUGGUGAGAUGCUGGCUCCUGGUAAUUUGUCAUCGCAGUCUCCUGAGCUUCAGUCUGUUUGGGCUGGUUCUGCAAGCACCAGAUCUGACCUUCAGAUAGACAAUUCGACCCAGGCGCUGAAUGGCGGCGGGGCAAGUGACAAUAGCCUCCGUGAAGGAGGCAGCACUGUUGAUCAGCAAGCUGUUGUUAGUGACCAAGUGAAUAACAUCAAUGCGGAGAGUGAUGGCUUGGAUGAUUUCCUUGCUUACAUGGUUAAUCGACGGGAUUUCAUCAACAAUGGUGAUUCUUUCAUCCUCGGGGACCAGGACUUUGCCCCUUGAAUCUGGAAGGGAGAUGUUUCUGCAUCGCCUAGCUACUGACCAAUUCAUGGUUGUAAUAAGGCUAGCUAGGAGCAGGCCAUCUUGGAUGGAAUCACCAUGUUUCUCUAGUGUACUCAUGUUUUUAGCCUGUGGUGUUAAGUUUGGCGGGAGGUGUGGCUGUGCCACUGUCACCCCUGCCAACCCCCCAAGCCAUGUGUUACUCUUCGGCUUGAAUUUUGGUGGUCAUUUUUACUUUUAUAUUAAACAAUCUAGCCCCUCUUAGGGGUCUUUUUUUAUAUAUAGUUGUGAUCAUAGACGGAGUUA